AAAAUCAAGAAACAGUCAACUUAAUUUCAUAUAACAAUGUGUGGCAUUUGUUGUUCUAUAAGCUUUUCUGUUGAACAUUUCAGCAAAGAUUUGAAGGAGGAUUUACUGUUUAAUCUUAAACGACGGGGGCCCAAUAAUAGUAAACAACUGUUAAAAUCUGAUGUUAACUAUCAGUGUUUGUUUUCUGGUCACAUUCUUCACUUAAGAGGUUCUUUGACUGCCCAGCCUGUGGAAGAUGAAAGAGGCAAUGUGUUCCUGUGGAAUGGAGAAAUCUUUAGUGGAAUAAAGGUUGAAGCUGAAGAAAAUGAUACUCAAAUUAUGUUCAAUUAUCUUUCCUCUUGUAAGAAUGAACCUGAUAUUUUAUCACUCUUCUCAGAAGUUCAAGGUCCUUGGUCUUUUAUAUAUUAUCAAGCUUCUAGUCAUUAUUUAUGGUUUGGUAGGGAUUUUUUUGGUCGCCGUAGCUUGCUUUGGCAUUUUAAUAAUUUGGGUGAGAGUUUCUGCCUCUCUUCAGUUGGCACCCAAACAUCUGGAGUGACCAAUCAGUGGCAAGAAGUCCCAGCAUCUGGGAUUUUUAGAAUUGAUCUCAAGUCUUCUGCCAUUUCCAGAUGUGUGAUUUUAAAAUUAUAUCCAUGGAAAUAUACUUCUAGGGAGAAUGUUAUCGAAGAAUGUGUUAAUAACCUGACUCAAAUUUCAACAGAUGUGCCAACUUUUGUAUCAGUGGUAGCAAGUGAAGCCAGACUAUCUCUUAAAGAACCUGUUGUUCCUUUAAAUGUGAUAUUGCCACAAGCUCCAUUUGCAGCUCAUUGCACUAAUAUUUCCAGCAUCCCACCUACAAGAGAGACACUUCAGGUCUUUCUUACUGAUGGACACAUGAAAGAAGUUGUUCAGCAAUUCAUCGAUGUCCUGAGUAUAGCUGUCAAGAGACGUGUCAUGUGUUUACUUAGGAAUGAAAGCUUAACAACAAAUGAGGUUUUGAAAACUUGUGAUAGAAAAGCAAAUGUUGCAAUUCUGUUUUCUGGGGGUAUUGAUUCCAUGGUUAUUGCAACCCUUGCUGACCGUCAUAUUCCUUUAGAUGAACCAAUUGAUCUUCUUAACGUGGCUUUCAUGACUAAAGAAAAAAACGUACCAACUCGUUUUAACAAAAAAGGGAAUAAACAGAAAAAUCAUUGUGAAAUACCUUCUGAAGAAUUCUCUAAAAAUCUUGGUGCUGCAGAUGAUGAUAACCCUGAUAAACAAUUCAGUGUACCAGAUCGAAUCACUGGAAGAGCAGGUCUAAAGGAACUACAAGCUCUUAACCCUUCUCGAAUGUGGAAUUUUGUUGAGAUUAAUGUUUCUUUGGAAGAACUGCAAAAAUUAAGAAGAACUCGAAUAUGCCAGUUAGUUCAGCCCUUGGAUACAGUUUUAGAUGAUAGCAUUGGCUGUGCAGUCUGGUUUGCUUCUAGAGGAAAUGGUUGUUUAGUGACCCAGGAUGAAAUGAAAUCAUAUCAGAGCAGUGCAAAGGUAGUUCUUACUGGAAUCGGUGCAGAUGAGCAACUUGCAGGCUAUUCUCGUCAUCGUGUCCGCUUUCAGACACAUGGGCUGCAAGGAUUGAAUAAGGAAAUAGAAAUGGAAUUAGGUAGAAUUUCUUCUAGAAAUCUUGGUCGCGAUGAUCGAGUUAUUGGUGAUCAUGGAAAAGAAGCAAGAUUUCCUUUCCUGGAUGAAAAUGUUGUGUCCUUUCUAAAUUCCCUACCAAUUUGGGAAAAGGCAGACUUGACUUUACCCCGUGGAAUUGGUGAGAAACUAAUUUUGCGUCUUGCAGCUCUGGAACUUGGUCUUACAACCUCUGCUCUUCUGCCAAAACGGGCCAUGCAGUUUGGAUCCAGAAUUGCAAAAAUGGAAAAGAAUAAUGAGAAGGCAUCUGAUAAAUGUGGAAGGCUCCAAGUCAAUUCUUCGGAGAACCUUUCUAUUAAAAGGGAUUAAAAUGUAAUAUUUCAAAACAUGACAUUUAUUAAAUGAUAGUUAUAAAAACAAUAAA